AAUAUCUUCAACUUUUAAUUAAAACACUUUUACUGUAAAAGUACUCACUGUUCGUUUCAAAUCACUGGAAAAUGUAUAAGUUUAAGGCAUCAAAGUAUAAAAACGCUUUCACUGCGAACGCAAAGAAAGAGGAAUGCAUCUCUGAUCUGAAUGUUGAAACUCCUGUAACUUUCGGGAACCAUGCAACUGCAAGUGCUAAGCUGGUCGCGUUUUGUGUUGGGUCUGCAAGUGGAGGAAAAAUCAUGGUGUUUGAUAUUAAUGCGAAUGGGAGACUUGGAGCAGGACCCUCAUUGAACGCUCACAGCGAUUCCAUCACUGACCUUGAGUUUUCUCCUUUCAACCACUGUAGAUUGGCAACUGCGGGUGCUGAUAACACUGUAAAAAUUUGGGAUCUUCCAUUGGAUGGAAUCACUGAUAAUUUCAGUGAAGGACCGAUACAAACGUUGGCAGAAUUCAAGCAGCGACCAGAAAGCAUUUCCUUUCAUCCAAUUGCAGAAAAUAUUCUGGCUGUCGCUUUUGGCUCUAUGAUCUAUGUUUAUGAUAUUGAGAAUGGAAAGAGGGUAUUUGAACUGGACACAGGAAGAGACUUGAUUCAAUGCAUAUCAUGGAAAAAAAAUGGAAUCCAUAUUGCGGCCACGACUAAGGACCGUUAUCUUCUUAUCUGUGAUCCCAGAUCUGGGAAGGUGAUGACAUCUGGAGAAGCCCAUGCUAAUCACAAAGAAUCGAGAGUUAUCUGGGCAGGAGAGUCAGAUAAGGUUUUUACAACUGGAUUCUCAAGUGGUCGACAGAAAGAGCUGAAAGUUUGGGACGUCACCGGAGAGAAGCCAACAUGUCUGCACACUCAAGAUUUUGGGUCAGGAACGGGGAUAUUGAUGCCUUUCUAUGAUGAAGACACAGGAAUGGUUUUUGUUUCUGCCAAAGGAGAUUCGAAUAUUUCAUUCCUGGAAUUCUUCGAAGACAAGAAUCCUUCACUUAAGAUUGCAUCACAGCAAUUGCUCUCAAACCAAACGAAAGGAAUGUGCAUGGUCAGCAAACUCGGAGUGAACGCUGCUGAAUGUGAAGUGAAUCGCCUGUUUCAGCUUGCUCAGAAGAUGUUAGUCCCUGUGCCAUGGACUGUGCCAAGAAAAACUCUCCGCGAAUUUCCAUCAGAUCUAUUCCCAGAUACUGCUUCAGAUGAACCAGGCUUAACUGCAAAGCAAUGGAUUGCCGGGGAGAAUGCAAAGAGAAUCAAAACCAGUCUUGAACCUUCAAAACGAAAACCACUGAGACUUGAAUCUACAGAAGCUGAGAAACCUCAGCCAGUGAGCCAAACAAAUGGAGACUCCACAGCAGAAAUUAUCCAGGAGUCAAAACCUGUGGCUAAGGAGCCGAUUGCUGCUAAAAAUGCAGCCAAGGAGCCGAUUGCUGCCAAAAAUGCAGCCAAAGAGCCAGAACCUGCACCAAAGCCAAAAUAUGCUCCAUUUGCGGGAGUACGAAAAUCCAAAUUCCGUCAUUGGAAAUGUACAAUCGGUCAUCCAUCAAGUCAUGUGACUAGAGUUGAGCCAAUUAGCUUGAGCAUAUCAACAUCCUCAGACUGUUUGAGGUGCAGCCACCUUUAUGCUGCAGUGCCAAUGAAAGGACCUGGUGGGCAAAUUGCAAUUAUAAAGAUUUCCUCCCCAGGAAGAAUGACAGAGGAUAAUUCUCUGACUUUACAAAACUUGAAGACUGUGACUGACCUCCAGUGGAAUCCUUUCAACCAAUCACAGCUUGCGGUUUCACUCGAAAAUUCAAACGUUAAAAUUUGGAACAUACCGUCCAAUAAGUUUGGAGAACUUCUCGAAGAGCCUGAUCUUACUUUUAAAGGACAACCGGGCAAACCUAUGGUUCUCUGCUUCCACCCGCUGGCUGAAAAUGUCAUCGCAUCAGGAGACGUCGAAUCAAAUAUUGUGAUCUGGGAUGUGAAGACUGGUGACACGUAUUUUGAAUUAUCUUGUGAUGCUGGUGAGAUAAUGAGCAUAGCAUGGAGUCAAAAUGGAAAGUUUAUUGCUGCAUCAACAAAAGAUAAGAAGUUGUUCAUUUUUGAACCAAGGAAAAGUAACGAACCGAUACAGGUAGGACCAGGGCCAGGAAACAGAAGUUCUCGGAUUAUCUGGGCUUGCAACGAUAAGUUUAUUGCGGUCUCAGGAUUUGACAGGUCAAGCAACCGUACAAUUUCACUACAUUCGACCACAGAUCUGGCAAGUGGUCCUGUCUCCAGUGAAAACUACACUGCCACGCCCUCUGUAAUGAUGCCACAUUAUGAUGCUGAUAGUUCCACGCUGUUCAUUGUUUCAAAGGGUGAUGCAACUAUUCAAUCACUGGAGAUCAGUGAAAAUGAGCCACCUCAUCUUUUCCGUAUUGCAACCUUCAGCAAUGAUGCCCCAGUUCAAGGAAUUUCUCUUCUCUCCAAGAAGAAUAUUGAUGUCAAGAAAGUCGAGUUUGCUCAAGGCUGGUGCUUGUCUAAAAAUACACUUCAGCCGAUGUCAUUUACUGUGCCAAGAGUAAAGAUGGAAUAUUUCCAAGACGAUCUUUUCCCUCUGACGUCCGUUACCUGGGAGGCGUCAAUGUCAGCAUCAGAAUGGGUGAACGGAGGAAACAAAACGCAGAGGAAGCUUGAUCUGAAGCCAUCGACAAUGACAAAAUUGAGUGACGCCCCACCAGAUGAAGUGAAACCCAAGAAAUAUGAAUCAUACGACGUUUCAACUUACAAAACAGACGAAGAAAAGAAAGAAGAGUUACUUGAAGCAAUGUCUGGCAAGCUUGAUCUUGAUAAACAACUGGAACAAGAUACAAUGGAAGGUGUUGAUGAAGAUGAAUGGGAUGACUACUGAAGGAAAUCCAGAAAGAAUCUAUUUCAAAACGAAUCACACACCAGAAAUCAUAUCAAAUCGCCGUGAUAACCAUCGUCAUAACAGAGAUGAUAUAUAAACGUUUUCAUCUGUAAUUUACAUAGAUUUCCUUAUACUCAGUAUAUCUUAUAUAGAACAAGUUGGACACUUAACCUAAAACAACUCUUAACAUAUAUGCCAAGACAGGGGUGUGCAAUAGACGGGCCACGGCCCGGCCCCCCAAGUAACUUAGUGUGGCCCGUCUCAACACACAGAAUUCAGAAGCAUUAAAAUCCUUAUCCGACCGUUUAAGUUUGAAAAGGCGCUCAUAUGGAUAUAAACACGUUGUAUUUUGCUCUUGUCUCUGUGUUAAAUCUUUCAGCGUCAGGCCUGCUGGGUCAUAACUAUAAUGCUAAGCGAUAGCCGGCCGCGCGCUUUCCCACUACGUAUUUUGUGUGGCCGGCUAGAUGUAUGAAGUUAGUUAUAUGCCCCCUGACCCCUGCCCAAAAAAACACCCCCCCCCCAACAAAAAUAGUUACACACCCCCGAGCGCUAUUAUAAUAUCAAGAAAUGCAGUGAGUCUUUUUUGACAAUUACCACUGUAAAGGCAUUAUUGGUAGGCAUGCCUAUUGUAAUUUCAGUGUUUAAUGUCUAACUCCUCUGUCCGAAGUCUGCUGUUAUUCAAAUUACUCUUAUUUCUCAUGACUCCUGGAUGUCUCGUCCUAAUAGGAAUUUUUCGUUUUUUUAAGGGUUCGGUCGACAUAGUUGACCUUGUAGUCUUGCCCUCUCUAUUAUAUUUUAUGAUUGUUUUUUUCCAUUUAUUGGAAUUUGUACAUUUUUUGAUAUAUUCGGAAAAUGAAUCAUUAUCUCUCUCCUAUGUAAUCUAUCGAAAUUGUGAGAUUUAUGUUUAACACUAGUUUACACUAGUAAUAAUUGUGCUUCGAAUUGAAAGUCUAAAAAAGAACAAUAAAUAUGGUACUUUGUGUAAAAUUGGUGUACUCUUUGCGACCCCUAAAAUUUGUUGCGCUCCUAGUGCUGGGUCGCAACCCCCAGUUUUGGAGGGUGUUUUUCGAAAUAAUUCUAAUCAAGUUACCGUACUAAUUUUUGUGUUAAAAUAUAUACUAUUUUAUGAAAUUAAUAAAAAUAAAAAAGUGCUAUG